AUGGCCAGAUACAGUCAUAAGUCUUGGCCAUACAGGAAGCAAAAUCCAUUAUCUUCCCAACAUCAUCUCAAAAAAGAAAUGAAUUUCCUACAACAACAUCCACAGCCAUCAUUUGGCACAGAACCAAAACAAAAGAUCUUUCCUCAAAACCAGCAAGGAGACCUCACGGUGCUCUUCACCUCAAUGGAGUUGAACCAACAGUUCGCCAGCAUGCAAUUAGGAGAGAACAAGAGCCAGCCAAAAGCAAAGGCAGUCAAGAGCUGCCUGAGCAGCCAGUAUGAGGAGAAGGUGCGCCCCUACAUCGACCUCAUCGACUCUCUGAGGGCCCUGGGCGUGGAGCAGGACCUGGCGCUGCCUGCCAUUGCUGUCAUUGGAGACCAGAACUCAGGCAAGAGUUCAGUACUAGAAGCUCUGACAGGUGUCUCCCUGCCCAGGGGCAAUGGUAUUGUCACCAGGUGUCCACUGGUGCUGAAACUGAAAACAUGUAAGAAUGGGUGGAGAGGAAAAAUCAGUUAUCAAAACAUGGAAUUCCAGCUGCGGGACCCCACAAAGGUGGAGCAGGCUAUUUACGAAGCCCAGAAUGCCAUUGCUGGGCAUGGUGUGGGCAUUAGCCAGGAGCUCAUUAAUUUGGAGAUCACUUCCCUGGAAGUUCCGGACCUGACCCUCAUUGAUCUUCCUGGCAUCACUAGGAUGGCUGUGGGAAAUCAGCCUCUGGACAUUGGACUGCAGAUCAAGUCACUCAUCAAGAAAUACAUCCAAAGACAGCAGACGAUCAACUUGGUGGUGGUGCCCUGUAACGUGGAUAUUGCGACCACGGAGGCACUCACCAUGGCUAAGGAAGUGGACCCUGAUGGAGACAGAACCAUAGGGAUCCUCACCAAACCAGAUCUAGUGGACAAAGGUGAUGAGAAAAGUGUCCUGAACAUGGUACAAAACCUCACCUACUACCUCAAGAAGGGCUACAUGAUUGUGAGGUGUCGGGACCAACAGGAGAUCAUGGACAACUUGAACUUAGCAGAGGCGACCAAGAGAGAAAUAAACUUCUUUCAAAGACAUCCAAAUUUCAGAGUUCUUCUGGAGGAAGGAAAAGCCUCGGUGCCCUGUCUGGCUGGAAGACUGACCACUGAACUUAUCAUGCACAUCAAAAAAUCACUACCGUUAUUAGAAAAUCAAAUCAAGGAUAGCCACAAGAGGGCGACAGAGGAGCUGCGUCAGUGUGGAACCGACAUCCCCAGCGAGGAAACAGAUAAAAUGUUCUUUCUGAUUGAAAAAAUUAAGAUGUUCAAUAGGGACAUUGAAAAGCUAAUAGAAGGAGAAGAAGCUGUAAAGGAGAAUGAGACACGGUUAUAUAACAAAAUCAGAAAGGAGUUUAAAACCUGGGAACUCGUCCUUGCAGCCAAUACCCAAAAAGUUAAAAACAUAAUUCAUGAAGAAGUCUCAAAUUAUGACAAGCAGUACCGGGGCAGAGAGCUUCCUGGAUUUAUCAACCACAAGACAUUCGAGAACAUUGUGCAGCGCUACAUCCAACAGCUGAUAGACCCAGCCCUAGACAUGCUCCAGAACGUCAUUGAAAUUGUCCAGCAAGCAUUCAUUCAUACAGCCAAAAACAAUUUUGGAGAAUUUCCCAACCUGAAUCAAACAGCCCAGAACAUGAUCAAAGACAUAAAAUUGAGACAUGCAGAAACAGCAGAAAAUCUGACCCAGCUUCAGUUCAGAAUGGAGCAACUGGUUUUUUGUCAAGAUCAGAUUUACAGCAUGGUUCUGAAGAGAGCCCAAGAAGAGGUGUUUAACUCACUGGAAAAUCCUCCACAGUGUUUUCAGACGAAAAAGGCAAAUAUUUUUGAUACCAAUGUAAGGGAUUCUCCAACUCCUUCAACUUCUUCCAUCAGUGAAAUGGGUAUGCACCUGAACGCAUAUUUCAUGGAAACCAGCACACGUCUUGCCAACCAGAUCCCCCUCUUAAUUCAGUUCUUCGUGCUCCAAGAGAAUGGCGAUUGCCUGCAAAGAUCCAUGAUGCAAGUAUUACAGGAGAAAGACCAUUAUGCCUGGCUGCUGCAAGAGCACAGGGAAAGAGCCGCCAAGAGGAGGUUCCUUAAGGAGAGAAUUUACGGGCUCAUGCAGGCGCAGCGCACACUCAAUCAUUUCUCCACUUAA